ACGUGAGUCAUGUAGCAGGUGUGUCAGGGGAUCCUCGUGCUCUGACACUCAGACCCCGCCCCCCUCCGGGCUCGUGCCUCUACCUGCUUUGGYGCGCCGCGCGCAGCUCGGUCAGAGUUCCAACAUGUCCUCGGCUGUGUCCGCGGCCAACCUCCGUCUCCUCACCGACUAUGAGACCAGGAUCCUGCCUCUCGCCGGCGGCUACGGCCGCUACAACCGGGCGGCGGUGGCGUUCAGCUGGUUCCCCGCCUUCGCCGUGACGCUGAACCUCUUCAGCGACGUUUUCUACACCCUGAUCCCGGACGCGUACCACUGCAAGCCGGACCCGACGCUCCUGCCCCCGGCGCUCCUCCCGAGCAACUUGUCCCGGCAGGACUACCUGAGCCUGACCAUCCCCUGGGUGAACGGCUCCGGCCUCAGCCACUGCCAGCUCUUCAAGUACCCGGCCAACGCGACGGACCUGUCCGGGAGAAGUCCCCGGGAGACGGUGUCCUGCACCCGGGGCUGGGAGUACUCCUGUGAGGUGGGGCUCCACAGCAACUUUGUCACCGAGUGGAACCUGGUCUGCAGCGAUUACUGGAAGAUCCCCCUGCAGCACAUCUGCUUCAUGAGCGGCUGGAUCCUGGGCUACAUCCUGCUGGGCUCCAUCUGCGACUGGUUGGGUCGUCGGCGAGGCUUCCUGCUCUCCGUCGGUCUGUCCGGUCUGCUGGGGGUGGCCGUGUGUCUGUCCAGCAGCGCCGUGAUGUUCCUGCUGCUGAGGCUCGCUCAGGGCGUCACGCUCGCCGGCGUCUUCAUCUCCGCCUACAUCUCCAGGCUGGAGCUGUGUGACCCCCCUCACCGUCUCAUGGUCGCCAUGGUCGGCGGCUUCUUCGCCGUGUCCGCCGAGCUGCUGCUGCCGGGCGUCGCCAUCCUGUGCAGCGAUUGGCCGGUUCUGCAGGCCGUGGUCACCGUUCCUCUGCUCCUGCUGCUUCCGUACUGGUGCUGUGCCUCGGUGUUUCCCGAGUCUCCUCGCUGGCUGCUGGCCACAGAGCAGAUCCCUCAGGCCAAGAGCAGCCUCCAGGAAUUCGCCGCCAGAAACGGCGUGUGUCAGCAGGACGAGCUGUACCCCGAGGAAACCCUGCUGUCAGAAAUCGAUUCAGUUUACAGUGAAGACUGCCAGCCGAGGUUUUACUCGGUCCUGGAGCUGCGACGGACUCGUGUCAUCUGGAAAAACUGCCUCAUCCUCAGCUUCACUCUCUUCAUCGGAACAGGCAUCCAGUACUGUUUCACCAGAAACCUGCACCAUCACUCCUCCAACUUCUACUUCACCUACUUCCUGCGAGUGAUAACCGGAGCGCUGGCCUGCAUCUUCAUCUGUCUGUCCGUCAAUCACUUCGGUCGGCGCGGGAUGCUUCUGCUGUCUGCCAUCAUCACCGGGCUGUCGUCGCUGCUGCUGCUGGCCCUCACCCAGUAUCUUCGAGGCGGGCUGGUGUUGGUGCUCUCUGUGGUGGGUCUGCUCUUCUCUCAGGCGCUCGCCAUGCUCAGCGCCUUCUUCGCCUCCGAGGUGAUGCCAACUGUGGUCCGCGGCGGCUGCCUCGGCCUGGUGUUAGCAGCCGGCUGUGUCGGCAUGGCCGCCUCCUCCCUGAUGGAGCUGCAGAACAACGGCGGCUACUUCCUGCACCACGUGGUCUUCGCCUCCUUCGCCGUCCUCUCCGUGCUCUGCAUCAUGCUCCUGCCCGAGAGCAAACGCAAACCGCUGCCGGACUCCCUGAAGGAGGGCGAGAGCCAGCGGCGCCCGCCUCUCUUCCUGUCCCGCCCCGACAGAGACCACCUGCCCCUGCUGUGCACGCGGCCCCCCAAGUCCGAGUACAACCCAGACAACUACUCCCGCCUGGUCUCCGCCACCAGGAAGAUGUUGACUAAAGAUAAUUUGCCUUACAGGAUCGCAGCUCCUGCUGCUUCCCCCCUGCUGUUCGACAGCAACACUCAGGAGAACGAGACGCAGAGAGAAGUGUUGUCGUAACCACACUCCUCAGACUUGAAACUUUUCUUCUGAACUUACCUCAGACAGUCUGAUCAGCUUUAUUCAAAGCUCAUUCACUCUGAUAAAAAAACAAAAACCAGACUGAAGCUAGAAUUUAGUGCACCUUGGAGCGAUGUCUCGGCUGAUUUUCUCCAACAUAUUUGUCUCAUCUAAAAUCAUUGCUUUUCCUCUUAUGGAUUCAGAUUCUUUUAACUGGAGCCUUUUGUUUUCCUGCUCCUCUUGUGAAAUCAGUGGGGCUGCAGCUCUUUGUUUUGUUUUUUAACACGCACUUUUCAUCAAAACGAUCAUUUUGAUCCUUUGAAGAAUCAGCAACAGUGAAUAUCUUACCUGUUGUGGAUAGCUCUGUGAUCGACCUCAGCUUGGAGAAGAAGUUUUAUUUUGACCUGACUGACUCAAACUCCAAACUGAGAUCAUUAAGAGAGCUAUCUACAGCAGGUAAGAUAAUAACCGCUCAUAAGCUUUCCACAAAAGUGUUCAAACCAUCAUGUGCCUCAUCAGCAGUGUCACAGACGAGCUGCUCUCUGAUUAUGAUGAAUCAAUAUUUGUUAUAUCUUAAACCACUAACGAACCUCGUUAAAGCAUAUUUCACUUAAAGUGUGGGAUGGUAAGUGUUGACAUAAAAAACAAAGAUGUUAUUAAGGUUACUUCUCUGCUCUGGUUUCAGAUUUUAGAAUUAAAAUGAGGUCAAAUAAGUUUAACAAGCUUCAGAAUGUGGGGAAAAAAGGUCAACAUUGAAUCAGGAGCAUUUAUUAUUAUGGUUUAACACCUAAAUAAGUCACUGUAUUUAUUAAGAACUGCGCAUUACAGCGUCCACGUUUUCUAAUAUUGAUAUUGACGUUUUGUUACCCUUCAGUGUUUUAAAUGAUAAAACUGAACUGAAAUGUUUGUGUAACAGUUUAUUCUGUACAGUCAAAUGUGCUUCAUGUUAAGUUGUUAAGAGAAACUUGUGUUACUGUUCUUUUUAUUUUUGUCUGCUUAAAAAGAGGUGAAAAUUAAACAAAUUUCACCCCAUUUA